AUGGAGGAACUUUUUGUUGCGAUUCUCUCUAUGCUUCUCUUUGCUGCAUUAGUUCCACUAUACCUGUGGAAACGCCGUCAUGAUUCUCGAACCCCGGAUGAAAAUGAAGAAGAACAUGAGGUUCCAAGGAGGGAAACAGUUGUACGGGCUACUGGUGCUCGUCGAAUGCGUCGGAGGCCAGCUGCGGGAGCUAGUACAUCAGCUGCAGCAGCAAGUGUUGAAGAAAUUGUUGAUGAAAGUGAUGAUGAAGCUGCUGUGGGUGACGCUAAAGCAUCAACGAAGAAGGAAAAGAAACGGCAAGAGCGGGAAGCACAACGUCAGGGCAUCCAGUGCUUGCCUUGA